AUGCCAAAACGAGUAUGUGUGAUCGGAGCUGGCGCAGCAGGUCUUGCAGCUGCAAAACAUUCAUUGGCUAAAGGAUUAGAAGUAGAAGUAUUUGAGCAAACGAAUCGAGUCGGAGGAACAUGGGUGUAUUCAGAACAAACGGGUUGCCAUUCCAGCAUGUAUCAAGAUUUAAAAACCAACCUCCCGAAAGAAGUAAUGCAAUACCGAGAUGUUCCAUUUCGUGCGGAUCUUCCCUCCUUCCUAACUCAUGAAGACGUUCUAGAGUAUCUUCAAGAAUUCUCCACAGGCCUUCCUAUCAAUUUCAAUCACACUGUGGAGAGUGUAGAAAGAGUUAAUGAUCAGUGGAAGGUGACAACACAUCAUGGAGCGGGAAUUAGUGAGACGCUUUUUGAUAUUGUUUUCGUGUGUAAUGGACACUAUUUUGAGCCAAAUAAUCCAUACGAAGAGAAUGAUUUCAAAGGAACCCUUAUCCACAGCCAUGACUACCGUCGUGCCAAAGACUACGUUGAUCAAGAAGUCGUUGUGAUUGGAGCAGGUCCAUCUGGAAUCGAUAUCGCUCUCCAACUCUCCGAAACAGCCAAGAAGAUCACUCUGAUCAGUCGCAAAGCGACAUACCCGACACUCCCGAAAAACAUCACCCAAAUUAGCCAACAUGUCAAAAAAGUAAUAGCAGAGGGGUGUGAAACUGAUGAUGGUACUGUGAUUACGGCAGACACUAUCAUUGUUUGUACUGGAUACUUUUAUAAGUAUCCAUUCCUUCAAGACAGCAUACUUCGAGUUAAGGAGAACAAUCAACUGGUAUCACCGAUUUUUGAGCACGUCGUUCAUGCGGAGUACCCAGAUAGCUUGUAUUUUAUUGGUCUGAACCUCGUGACAAUAACAUUCCCACUAUUCGAAUAUCAAGUGAAAAUGGCGUUGGGGUUUGCAACUGGAUCGGCACCGAUUCCUGAUAGAGAUACGCUCAUCGAUUAUGAGAAAAAUCAAAUCGAACACCAAAAAUCGCGAGGUCUUGAAACCCGAUUCUACCAUCUUCUUCAAUCGGAACAGUGGGAUUAUUUGGCCAGAAUUGCGAAACUGGGUCAUUUUGAUGAGUGGCCGUAUAUGAACACCAUUGAAAACAUCACUCAAUACCUAAAUGAGCAACGGAAAUCCAAUGUGAUCGGGUACAAAAACAUCAAUUUCCAACUGAGUGAUAACGGGAUGGAAUAUGAAGUUGUUCGGUGUUGA